AUGAUGAGCAAGCUCAAUGAGGUUAGAGAGUUGGAUGGGUUACUCUUAGGGAAGAAGAACACUUUGGUUUACACCCUCAAGGCAGAAGGAGAACAAGGCAAAGGAAAAGAAAGCGAAAAGAGCCCAAGUGACAGACAAGUGAGUAGUGUACAAGGAAGGUUGUGUACUGAAUCAUCAGUUGUAGCUGAUCAUCAAACAAGUCUUGGUAAGAGGAAGCAAUCACCAGUCCAUUACACAGUACUUGAGGUUGGCGAGCCGAGCUGCAGUGGCCAAUGGAACAGUAACCCACAACCUUAUGAACCAAGCAAAAAGUCCAAGCACUCGGUUGGCGAACCUUGCCAAUUACCCACAAAGUCUAGUCCUUUUCAGGUUGGCCAAAUAAAUAAUAGGCUAAUUAGCCAGUACUUGGUUUAUGAAACUUCUGGAUUGGGGGUUGGUAAGUCAUCGAGUGAAGCAGCUUGCCAAUUGAACCAACAACAAUCUACUAAUCAACAAGAAGCUUUUAGGCCUUUGAGUAGUGUUACACCACCAACAUGGGAAAUCAGUGAAACAAAUUCAUCAGGCCUAAUGGUCUUCAACCACAACCUGUACAUUAGACAACUACCAACCAUGAUUGACAGAAAUGAUCCACUGAUUCCUCUAAUGGUAAACUAUGAUGAUCAAUAUGGGCCUAUUGCUGCUGGAAGUAGGGGACAACAGAUACCAUUUGAGGAGUCCUCAAAUGUCGGUUUUCAGAACAACUUUGUUUUCAGCAAUGAACAUGAUGAUCAUCAGCAACUGCAGAACAACACGAGUACUAUAGAUCACUCGAGUUCGCAGACUUGCAAUUCUGGAGGAAACCAACAGCUGCCAGACGAGUUUCUUGCUCUACCAACAAGCAGAUGCGCCGGAUUUUAUCAAACACAACUUGGAAUGCCACACGAAGAAUAUGGGUUUGAUUUGCUUUCCCUCAUAGAAGAUGAACGGUUGUUCAUUGAAAAGUUUUUUUUGUAA